AUGUCAGUUAGUGAAACCAGUUCCGAGUCCGAAGUAGACAUAUUAACUUCUUCGGAUGAAGAUGAAGAGCCCAAAUUGAAUUAUGAAAGGACUACAGACAAGUUCCAAGGCUGCUUUCUGAACGAUUCUAUCUCGGCCUGUGUAAUUUCAAAGGAACACUUCUUAUUUGGAUCACAUAAUGGUGCCGUGUACAUUUACACUCGAGAAGGUGUUUUGCUUCGAAAAAUGAUUCUGCAUGUUGCUACUGUUACCAGCCUUUCUGUGGAUCUAGAAAGUGAGAACCUAGCAUCAUGUUCAUUAGAUGGGAAACUAAUUGUCUACAACAUUAGUUCCAAGGAAACGUCAGUUUAUGAUUUCAAACGGCCUCUACUAUCUGUAGCAAUUGAUCCCUACUAUAGCAACAGAUCUUCUCGUCAAAUUAUAUGCGGAGGGCGAGCGGGCAAAGUUAUACUAUCUGAAAAAGGAUGGCUGGGAUCUAGAGACAUUGUCCUUCAGGUUGAUUGUGGAACUGUAUACAAAAUAGAUUGGUACAAAUCUUAUGUUUCUUGGGCUACUGAUACAGGAGUCUAUAUUUAUAGUAACGAAUAUGGAAAAAUUUUUGGAAAUGUUGACUAUCCAAAGAAGCUACCUAACCAAGAAGUAUUUCCUUACCAACUCUAUUGGCAAUCCGAGUCCAGGCUCAUAAUUGGUUGGGCAGACCAAAUAUCUAUAGUUUCCAUUCAGCGCUCCAGUCAGCCUAAUGAAUUGCCAAAAGUUUCGGUUCAGGCUGUUUUGGAAAUCGACUCGAUUGUCAGUGGUAUCAUGAUGUUUGACUUCAACAUCCUUGUUCUUGCUUACAUCGCUGAGGUGGAGGAUUUUACUUCUUCUUCCAGACCGAGAAGGGUAGACGCAGUACGACCAGAGCUUCGACUAAUAGACUCUUCAUUUCAAGAACUCGCUGGAGAUGUCAUCGGGCUGACCAACUAUUCUCGUUUACAGCCUUCCGACUAUCAUUUGGUUUCAGAUCCAGCAAAGAAAGAUCAUUCGUACGUGGUUUUUCCUAACGAUAUUAUAUGCGCUCGUGAGAGAAAUGAGAUUGAUCACGUCACAUAUCUUGUUUCCCGUGAGGAUUAUGCUGAGGCAAUUGCUGCAGUAAAAACAAUGAAGGACGUGCCUCCAGAAUUACGGGUCUCCGAACUUGGAAAAAAAUACGUAGCCCAUUUGAUUGACAAUAAACAGUAUCGAAAAGCAGCUUCAGUUAUUCCUACUUUAUAUGUAAAUAACCCUGGUGGUUGGGAACAAUGGGUUUUUGUUUUUGCUGAUCAUAAUCGUUUAGAAGACGUUGCUGAGUAUCUUCCGCUUGGAGACGACCAUUUGAGUCCUAUUAUAUACGAAAUGACUUUGGCAAAUUACAUGGCUUUGAACGAAAAAAAAUUUAAUGAGAAGCUGCAUAGCUGGCCGACAAACUUAUAUUCGGUGUCAACAAUUCGUAAAGCUACAGAAAAAAAGUAUGAGCAAGUCCCAGAAAGCUUUCUGCUAGCUGAUAGCUUGGCCUUUCUUUACGUCAAUGACAAUAUGCCUGUUGAGGCAUUCUGGUUAUACCUGAAGUUAAACCAGAAAGAGUGCAUUGAUCUUGUCUUUGAGCACAACCUGUACGAUGAAGCAAGACAAUCGGUUUUACAAUUAUUACUUACUUCAGCUGACGGGCAUCCUGAGAAUGUUAACCCAAAAGUUAUAAAUAUGCUCGUUCAACACGUUCAUUCUUUUCCACCCAAAGAGGUUAUAAGACAGAUUGAGUCGGUUACAAGGUUUUUGUAUGCUUAUUUUUGCUCUUAUGAAGUUAUGUUUCCAAAUUCCCUCAUGGAAUACGGUGACUUAAAAGUGAACGUUUUUGCAGAAUUCGACCGACCGAGGCUAUUUGAGUUUUUAAUGAACACACAGUGCUAUUCUCUUGGUCAUGCAUAUAACGUUUGUGUAAAAUAUCAUUACCUUGAUGAACUUGUCUAUGUUCUUGGUCGUAUGGGAAACAACAAAGAUGCAUUAAUGCUUAUAAUCAAUGAAUUGUCUGAUAUUGGCAGAGCUAUUCGUUACGUGAAAGAACAAGGAGAUAAGGAUUUAUGGGAAGAUUUAAUUUCUUAUUCUCUGGAUAAACCCGACUUUAUUUGUACACUUUUGGAAAAUAUAGGUUCUGAUGAAAAUGCACAUAAUUUAAUAACUAGAAUCCCAAAGGGGAUGAAACUACCACAUGCGAAAGAAUCGCUUUCUAAGCUCCUAUCCGAUCAUCAAUUGCAAGUUUAUCUUCACCUGGGUUGUCAUAAUUUAUUUGAAGAUGAAGCAUCUCAAAAAGUGAAAAAGCUACAUUCCGAUCAGAACAACGGGUUUGAGGUCGACAAACAUAUUGUUUCCCAAGAAGAUAAUGUGAAUGAGUUGGUAAACUUUGAUUACUCAAACUUAUCCGAAGAGCCACUUCCUUUUGUAUUUGACACAAAAACCAAUGAGUUUAGGAGUAUCAGUUCAUUAGGAUAUGAUAUUCACACGUUGGCUUCCGACAAUGAGUUUAGGGAUGCUGCAUCUCAUGCCCGAAAUCGACUUAAGCCUGAUUUAGCUAUGAGCAGCAAACUAAGCAUACUUAUGGCUUUAAAAAAGUAA